GCCUCCGUUAAAAACGGCAGAACCCUACAAAGAGGAAGAGUUCUUCUCUGUAUGGGCGGGUAACAACGACAGGUGCUAUGCUCAAAAUUUUGCAAAAUCAGUCCAGGAGCAUUGAUUCCAUGCUAUAGUUAUCAAGGAAUGAGCUUCGUCAAUUCAUGGCGUAUUAUCAUUCUUUGCAUCUCCACAGUCGUUCCUUAUGGAGUAGUCUUCCUUCGUUGGGAAGAAAAUUCUCAAGGACUCAGAGGGGUGUGAACAACUUGUACCACCUCCAGAAAUGCUAUCUAAUUUGUCCUUCACCGGUUCAAUCUAUUAAGGACUACUGUAGUUUAUCCAACAAUUUAUGCUCAGAUUCACCUCAAAUUCUUCAUGCAACUUCUUCUAGUGCGGAAGUAAUUUCUUCUAGAAGGGAACAAAUAUCACAUCCUGAGGCAACCAUUAAUACACUGAAGCAGGAAGAAAGAGCAGUGGCUUCUACUUCCUCAGAUGGUAGAGUGAUGCUCAUUGAUGGCACAUCAAUCAUAUACAGAUCUUACUUCAAGCUUUUAGCAAAACUGAACCAUGGUCAUCUAUCUCAUGCUGAUGGCAAUGGAGACUGGGUUUUAACCAUAUUCACAGCUCUAUCUCUUAUAAUUGAUGUUCUGAAGAUUUUACCUUCACAUGUGGCGGUGGUGUUUGACCAUGAUGGAACUCCAUUUGGUCAUACUUCUAUUUCUUCAAAAGAAAAUUUCAGAGCAAAAGGAGCUAAUUUCCGUCACACUCUAUACCCUUCAUACAAGAGCAACCGCCCCCCUACACCUGAUACCGUAGUGCAAGGUCUUCAAUAUUUGAAGGCAGCCAUCAAAGCUAUGUCCAUUAAUGUGAUUGAGGUACCAGGGGUAGAAGCAGAUGAUGUCAUUGGAACAUUGGCUAUAAGGAGUGUUGAGGCUGGUUUCAAGGUGCGUGUUGUUUCCCCUGACAAAGACUUCUUUCAAAUUCUAUCUCCCUCAUUGCGUCUUCUAAGGAUUGCACCACGUGGAAUUGAGAUGGUUUCAUUUGGAAUGGAGGAAUUUGCUGAAAGAUAUGGAGAUCUGAAACCAUCUCAGUUUGUUGAUGUUGUUGCUCUUAUGGGCGACAGUGCUGAUAAUAUUCCAGGUGUUGAUGGUAUUGGAAACGUUCAUGCUGUGGACUUGAUAAUUAAAUUUGGUACAUUGGAGAAUUUAUUACAGUGUGUUGAUCAAGUUGAAUCCGAACAUAUCAGAAAGGCCUUGAUAGCACAAGCAGAUCAGGCCAUGUUAAGCAAGAACUUGGCAAUGCUGCGUUGCGACCUUCCAUUCUACAUGGUACCGUUCGAUACUAGACAGCUUACGUUCAAGAAACCAGAGGACAACGGGGAGAAAUUCACGAGUCUCCUGACUGCCAUCAGUGCCUAUGCAGAAGGAUUCUCAGCUGAUAAAAUAAUUCGAAGAGCUUUCCAUUUGUGGAAGGAGCUUGAAGCAAAGUGAUUUUUUUUUUAUUCUAUUUGUUCAGGAUUCAAGAUCGAUGAUCAAUAGAUAACGUGCAUUUUGUGUAUAAAUGACUCUGCUAUCGGCUGAUUUUGAAACUGGGUGCAGAAGUGCAUAACAAUCUAUACCUCCAUUAAAUAUAAAUUUGUCCAUUUA